GAUCCAUAACUUCGUAAGACUGUAUAACUUAAUGUUUAAAUGAAUCUACGAGUAUAUCACUUUUUUAAUUUAAAUAACUGCAGAAGUGUUAGGGUUUUGCAUAUGAGCAGUGUUUUCAAGCUUUCGUAAGCGUAUUCUGGGAAGAGGAAAGGAAGGCAGGAGGUGCGCAAAUUUUGACGGAGUUUGCAGGAAGAGAAGAAAGAUCAGAAUGAAGGUUGUGGCGGCUGUAUUGCUCGCUGCGUUGGGCGGCAACUCCUCCCCUUGUGCAGAUGACAUCAAAGGCAUCCUCGGAUCAGUUGGAAUUGAUUGCGAUGAUGAGAGAAUAGAGCUUCUGUUGGGUCAGCUGAAAGGAAGGGAUUUGGCAGAAGUAAUAGCUGCAGGAAGAGAGAAGUUUGCAUCGGUUCCAUCAGGUGGUGGGGUGGCAGUUGCCGUUGCUGGCGGCGGUGGCGGCGGUGCAGCUGCAGCGGCUGCUGCCCCCGAAGCCGAAGCCAAGAAAGAAGAGAAAGUCGAAGAGAAAGAAGAGUCUGAUGACGACAUGGGCUUCAGUUUAUUUGAUUAGGGUUUGCCAGGUGCAUCAGAAUUAGAGGGAAUGGAGAGCAAAAUUAGUCUCUUUUGAGUUUAUGCCUAUUCUAUGUUCCUUAAAUUUUUUAUCCGCUUCAAUUUUUUUAUUGUGUACCUAAAAAAUGCAGUUUCCGGUUACUUUUCACUCUCAACUCUUGUUUAAAUGGGAAUGAAAAUAUAUUAUUAUUCUGCCA